GCCAUAAGUGAAGGAAGGCAAAUUCGCGCACUAGCCAGACAUUGACGGGAAAGGAAAAUAAAAAAUUGUCUCAUCUAAUGCGUAGAACCGAGUAUUUUAUUUCGUAAAUAAGUGGCCGGUAAUCGCGAAGGAAAGGUUUAAAAAGUAGUGCAAAUAUAGAACAGCUUUGUCGGGUAGAUAAUUGAUUCCGGAAAAUAGUUGACCGAAGCUCUGGUGUCCUUUCGUGACCGUACAGGAAAAUCGAAGUUGGCGUGGAGUUUUCUUGCUCGUGUUUUUUCUGCUGUUACCUUGAUCAUCCGUCAUCGGUGGUGAAAAUAUUGUGCGUGAAAAUAACACCACAAGGCCGCCGCCGUCGAAAAAACAAUGUUCUCGACCAAGAAGGAUAUAGAUCGGCACGUAAAGACUUCGCUUGCGAAGCUGCCGGAAAAUGAGAAAUAUCUUCGUGGGUUGGCCAUCGCACGGCAGUAUUUUAAAUUGGGCGAGUAUGCAAGUGCCGAGCAUUGGUUGUCCUGCUUUCUGUCCGUCCAGGAAGGCAGUGCCCAGGCGCACAAGCUGCUCGGUCAAUGUUACGAGAGGCAGAAGAAAAUUGACCGGGCCAUCACGUCGUAUCAGCGAUCGCUGCAGCUGGACUCGAAACAAACCGGUUUAAUCACCGACGUCUGCAAGCUGCUGCUAUCGGAUGAUAAUUACAGUAAAAAUCUGUCGAAAGCUAAGCAUUGGUGUGACCUGGCAGAGACGGAACGCAUCAAUCACGAGGCAGUGUUAAACUUGAAGUUGAAAGUCGCCAACAAGGAUACUGCAACCGAUAACAAAAUGGUCAGAGAAAUUAUCCUGAAGGAAAUAGUGUCUCGCCCAUUGGAUCCGGGAUUGCGAAUUCGCUUGGUGGAACAUUUCAUUGGCGAGAAGAAGCUGGAGGAUGCUUUCAAGUAUUGCUAUGAAAUCGAGAUGAAGUUUACCGAAACGUUUCAGCAAUCCAUCGCCUGGGCAAAUACGGUCUCAUCCAUGUUAGCUAAGUACUCGGAAUCUACUGGAGGGUCCUACCAGACCAACUGGAAUUAUUGGUUGCUGAGUGUGAUGAUCUUGGAUCGACAGAUUUACUUGAAUUUGUUGGAUGAUUGUUCUCUCGAGACCAUUAGGCAGAAUAAACUUAAAGAAGUUGCAAUGCUGCUGAGCGAGAUGGAUCAAGCUUUGCAAAAGUUUGCCGAAAAGGGUCGUAACUCGUGUCCACAGAAGCAGCUGGCAGAGGAAUUUUUGCGACACUAUCGCGGUCAGUUGGCGUUGCAUUCUGCAUCGUUGCUCUUCAAGGAUGAAAAACAAGUAAGCCGGAAGGCCCGGGAUGUCACCACCAAAUGCUUGCCCUUGCUGUUCCUGGCCUACCAGUGUGAAGUCCCGGAAACCGGAGAAAUCUGGCUGAAGCACACCAACGACGUGACCAGGCAGUUGGUUGGAUUCUGGAGCAAGCAGGGAUCGUUCCGGUGUUGCCAGGCCGGAAGCAUCCUCCUAUCGUGUGUGGAAAACAGCAUAGAUGUGUCGAUUAUUGCUCAAAUCCAAAGUGUAACCGAUAGCAAAAUUUGGAACACUGCGGAAGAUUUGAUUAAUCAGGUCCGUCAGUUUUGUUCUGACACGAAUUGGAAGAAACAAAUAUAUCGAGCUCUGUACAGCAACAGCGGAGACCAGCUGUCAAAAAUGGCUACAUCGUAUUUCAUACAAAAUGCGUCUGUUUGUGAACCGGAGUAUAUUUUGCCGAAGCGAGAGCUUUUACAGGCGUAUUUGGAAACGGCGCAGAACCUGUAUCUGUCAUCCCUACCCUACCAGGUGUAUCUGGGAUUAGGUAUUGAAGAUUUGUCGGAGCUCAAGUGCAAAUCGUUCGGAGGAUUGAACUUUUCGACAAACAAUCAAGACAACUGUAGCGUGGAGACCCUCAAUCAACUGGAUGUGGACUCGUUUCUGUACUGUGCUAUUCUGGUGGCGCAGAGUGUGUUGGAAAGCGAACGAAAAUAUAACGGAAAGGUGGAUUUCGGAAGACCUAUGAUUUUGCCAGCAACGAGCAUGGUUCCAUCAUUGUGUGAAGACGAUAAGAUAGAGUGGUGGAAUGCAGUAUAUUCGAUUCUUAAGAAUGUCAAAUCAUGUGAGUCCUCCCUAGACAAGCAAUUGCUACAGCACGGAAUUCAAGCAGUCCGUGGCUAUGAAACUUCAAUAACGGAUGUCAUGAUUCUGUUGAAGCUGGGUAAAGUACUGGCAAAGCGUGCGGCCAACUCAAUGCUUCCGGAGGAACGACGUCAACUAGAACUGAGAGCUGAACAAGUUUAUAAAGCAGGAGUACAACUGUGGAACAUUCGCAACGAAGCCUCUUACACAUAUAACAACAUUUUCUUCAAGUACGCUAUCGAUUUGUCAAAAUGUAACGAGCAAGCGGUUAAACUAGCAGAAGAUGGUCUCACCUUUUUGGCUGGAUUUUACUUCAAACAUGGACGAUACGAAGAAUUCACUCAGGAAUUCGGAGGCAUUCCUCUACCAUUUGCAGCGUACUUCAGAGCUGAAGCUUUUAAAAAAUUAGACGAAUCUAAUAAAACUCCGCUCAAAACUAAAAGAUUUUAUAGCGAUCGGGCCCGUGAUUGUAUCAAACAAACCCAGAAAUAUUUGGAACUUCCGUACAUCGAGAAAAGUCAUCCGCUACAUUAUGUCGUUCACGGUGAGAUCAAACGUUUGCAGUUCAAUGAAUCUCUCGAUGCAAGUCUCAAUACAUCGGUCAACGGUUUCGGAUCGAAUGGCCCUGAUGAAAGCGAUCAUUUCCAAUCGUUCAGUUCUUCAACUAACACAGGAUUAAACCGAUCGGAACGGGAGGCUGCUAACUUCAACGCGAGAACCAACGAGCUGGAGAACUUAAUCCGCAAAAUGAUGGAAACGUUAAACAUUGUGAAGGAGGAUGUUCUCAAUAUCCGAAACGACGUUGGAGACAUUCAAGAACGCUUGGUCAAAAUCGAGGAUAACUGUUACAAAAAAUCUACCGAAGAAGAUGCAGCAACUACUGCUAUGAUGAACGAUUUGUAUAUUUUAGAUGAACUUCAAAAUCCGUCCUAUGUCAACCAGCAAGCUUACAACCCUUCGUUGCAACAACAGUUGACACCAAAUCUCCAGCAGAAUCGCCUCCCCACUCAUCCAGCUGCAGCAGCAGCCGCAGCUGUAGCAUUGCAACAACCGAAUCCUUAUCAACAGUUCUACAAUUCGUCAUAUCCCAUGUAUAUGCAACAGUACCCUCAACAAUCGAGCCGUACUCCACUAGGAGCAGUUGCUUCUCCAAUGCACACCUAUCACGAUAACUUACUGGUUCCGGCCUCUCCGGCAGCUUACUAUCAACAACCACACGCUCAACCAACCCUUCCGCAGGUCACAGUCGCUCCGCAACCGGUGGUUGCUCCAAUUGCUAAGAAUAACUCACUUUUUGAUCAAGCUCUGCAAACUCCAACACUACUUAACACUUGGAACUCUACCUAUAACAAUGCUAAUCUUCCGCAAGCCACAACCAUCACUCCGCUACCGAUCGAGAAAGCUCCUCCCGUAAAUGUGGUCAUUACUAAUUCCGAUCCACUGCCGACUAACAUUUCCACGGCUACCACACAACCCACCUACAGCGUUACCAUUCCUCCACAACACAUCAAACACAGCGUGGUAGGAAAUACUCCGGCCCCAACAACUGCAGUAAUUCCCCCAGUGGCUGCGCCAACGAUUUCCGGUAUAGAAAACAUCUCCCCACCAGCCGGUCAGCCAUCAACGAUUAAUACUAAAUUUCCAAUUGCAGUUCCGAAGGCAACCAUUCCUUCCAUCGCACCAGGAAUGUUCGCCCAGAAUAUAGUAGCUGCCGCUGCUAAUGCCACUACUUCUGCCGCGGCCGAGAAAGAAGCGAAAGAUGAGGACGACGAUGAUGUGGGAAACGUUUCCGGUGAGUACGAUCCUCGACCAGAUUUCAAGCCAAUUAUCCCACUUCCGGAUGAAAUAGAAGUCAAAACGGGGGAGGAAAAUGAGGAUCAAGUGUUCUGUGGUCGUUCGAAGCUCUUCAGGAUGGCAGACAAAGAGUGGAAGGAACGAGGUCUCGGUGAUUUGAAGAUUCUGCGUAGCAAAGCUGAUAAAAGUAAAUAUCGAAUUGUCAUGCGACGCGAGCAGGUGCACAAAAUUGCUGCCAAUCAUUCAAUCACGCCGGAACUAUUGAUUAAAAUAAUGGAAAAAAACAACAAGAGUUGCACUUGGAGUGCGAUUGACUUCGCCGAUGACGAACCGAAAAAAGAGACAUUCUGCGCCAGGUUCGCAAGUCCAGAACUGGCCAAACAAUUUUAUGAAAAGUUCAACGAGGCAAAAGCUGAAGUCGCUCGUUUGAAGGAACAGUCUGAUAAGGCUGACAAGUCGAAAACUGAACCGGCAAAGGCGGUUAGUAAAUCGUUGUUCAGUUCGCCACUAUCAACAGCCAGCGUUGCAUCCUCCAGCACUACAACAACCCCUAGCACUUUCCAAGGUUUCACAUUUACUAACAGCUUCAAACCUAAUGUGACACCUUCGACAGCUGCAACCGUAGAAAAGCCUAAAGAACCGGCCAAACCAAGUCCAUUUGCUUCCUUCUCGUUUGGAGGAGCAAACAAACCGACAGCCGCUGUACCCACUGGACUCCCCACCUCAACCAAUGAUAGUACUAGCCAAAAAUCUUUUACCGACAUCUUCAGUAGCUUGGGAAAGCUAGCAACUCCGGCUCCGCCUUCCGCAUCUCAAAAAUCGCCGGAAAAAGACACUAACAACACAUCCGUCUGUGGUCCCGAAGAAACCGUAGAAGAUUUUGUCCCCACGGCUGAUUUCCAACCGGUUAUUCCGUUGCCCGAUCUUGUAGAUGUCAAAACUGGAGAGGAGGAAUUUACCUGUAUGUACGAGCAUCGGGCUAAGCUGCUUCGUAUGGAUAAAGCAGCCAAAGAGUGGAAAGAACGCGGGUUGGGAAAUAUUCGGGUUCUGGUUAAGAAGGAGGAUCCCAACACGGCCCGGCUGCUAAUGCGAAGAGAGCAGGUGCUGAAGCUGUGCUGCAACCAGUUGAUUACUAAGGACCUUAAGUUUAUACCCGAUGACAAAAAAUGUACCUUGACUUGGGUGGGUCACGAUUUCUCAGAAAACGAACUGGUGAAGGAAACGUUUGCUCUGCGCUUCAAGAACAACGACAUUCGGAAUCAAUUCCACGACGUUGUUAAGAAAGUUCAAGACGCGAUGGGAACGCCUAAGAAAGACAACGUGAAAGCGGAACCGGAAAAAACGGAAUCCAAAGGCUUCGGAGACAAAUUUAAGCCGAAGGUGGGCUCCUGGACUUGUGAGGGAUGUUAUGUUGUCAACAAAGGCGAAGAUAGUACUUGCCCGGCAUGUGGCACAUCAAAAGAUCCAUCGGCUCCCAAAACUGAUACUGUCGGUAAGUUUAGCUUUGGUGUGCAGCCAAAAGAGGCUUCUAAAUUUAGUUUUGGUGUCCCACCAGUUGCAACAACAACAGCUAAACCCACUGUUGAACCUGCGAAAAAGGAAGAAUCGAAAGGAUUCGGCGACAAAUUCAAGCCAAAAGCUGGUUCCUGGACCUGUAGUGCUUGUUACAUAAGCAAUGCUGCCGAAGACUCGUACUGCAUGGCAUGUGAAACUCCCAAAGAUUCAACCGUACCGAAGAAGGAGAAAAAUGUCACUGGUACAGGUGAAACACCUAAAUUCAAUUUCACUCCAGGCGGUGGUUUUAGUUUCGGAACCCCGGCAGUAACAACAUCUACAGCACCAGCAGCAAUCGCUCCGAAAUUGGGAGGAUUCAGCUUUGAAAUAACAUCGACUCCCAAGCCAGCAGCCACCACAGCAACAACAACAACAACAGGCUCCGGUGGUUUCAGUUUUGGAUCCGGUGGUUUCACAUUUGGCUCGACCCCAGUCAAACCAGUAGCUGCUGUCCCAUCUACAAUUUCCGGUCCAACCGACCUGAGCGUAAAAUCAAACCCAACAACAAACUCGGAGUCGUUUAAAUUUGAGCUUCCGAAACCGGUUAUGUCAUUCGGAUCAACACUGCCACCGGAAGACCAAUCUACGGCAUCACCAGUCGCAAAAUCCUCAUCCCUGACUAAACCGGCAUUGGCACCCGAAAAGCCUACGUUCGAAUUCGUAUUCAAACCCAAAUCGCCGGGAAAACCAAAAAGCCCCGGUCGCAGAAUAAGUACUGGUUCGGCGAACGACGAAGAAGAAGCGGACGAUGCUGGUGAUGAGUGUGGCGAGGAGGAAAGCACCGCAUACUUUACCCCGGUAAUACCGCUGCCGGAAAAGGUGGAUGUGAAAACCGGUGAAGAGGAAGAAGAUGUUUUGUACUGUCACCGUGCGAAAUUGUUCCGCUUUACGGAUAAAGAGUGGAAGGAACGCGGCAUAGGGGACGUCAAAAUUCUGCGCCAAAAGGUCAAUGGAAAAACAAGAGUGGUCAUGCGACGCGAUCAAGUGUUGAAAAUUUGUCUUAACCACGCGCUAGACUCGGACAUUCUGUACAACAAGAAAGAUGACAAAACUUGGCAAUUUGUGGCCAACGAUUUUUCGGAAGGCACAUUUGAGGUGAUGAAUUUCUGUCUUCGUUUCAAGAACAGCGACAUUGCUGGUGAAUUCAAGCAAGCCGUCGAUAGAGCUAUUUCUGGUGAAUCUGUCUUGAGAACCCCUACCGUAAUCGGAGAUGGUAAGCUGAAUACCACAUUGGAUUCCACCAUUUCAACACCAACCAGCAAUGUCAAUUUCUCCCAACUGAGCGAUAUAUCUUUGGAUGACAAGGAGUUGACGCUGAAGCUGAAGUUGCCGGAAGACUUUUUCGAUAAUCCAGAGACUUCUUGCAGCGGUUGCCGUGGAUGUGACCCGGAUGCUUUCGUAUUUCCAAACUAUGGUGGCACAGAACUUGCAGACGAUAAACCAUUGCCAAUUAAUGUUAUUGAUGUUCGAAAAGUUCCAUCGGUUGGAAAACUUAGCAAAUCCCCGAAAAAAGUUAGUUUCAGCGAACCGAGCGAUAAUCAGAAGGUAUCGAACAUGUUCGGUUCAGUGACGCUGAAAACGGCAGCAGCACCUUCUUCUCCAUUCUCCAUAAGUAGCUUGAUUUCUGCCGAAAAGCAUUCAUCAGCUUCCACUAUAUUCGGUGCAGCCGCUAAACCCAAUGCAGAAAAUGAGACACCAAAAUCCAUUUUUGGAGGGUUCUCAUCGGCAUCGCCAGCUACAACCGGAUCAAUAUUUUCUUCGUCACUGAACACUACACCGAAAACCAUCCUCCCAACUCCAGACAAGUCCAAAUCGCCACUGGUACAGCCUUCCGUUUUCGGAUCGAUGCCAUCACCUGCACUCAACAAAUCUACUGAAGGAUUGUUUGGAGCAGGUUUCGGACAGAAAACAAAUAGUCCAAGUAUUUUUGGUGGUACCCCAGUGGUCCCUAAAAUAGAAACAUCGAACGCUACGCCUACGAGCAAUGUCUCAACUCCGCUGUUCGAGUCCGCCGGCAGUAGUAAUAUAUUUGGUGAUUUUGGUAGCGCAAACAACACACCUACCUUUGGAUCACUGGGUAGCACUGGUACUGGAAGUAAAGUGUUUGGAUCUUCUGCAGCAAGUGGAAUAAACUUCGGUGAUGUCGUAAAAGAAUUGGACAAAAAAACUGAAACCAAGCCAAUAGAAGGCGAUUUGGUAAAAAAAGCGGAUACUGGUGACACUUUCGCAUCUCUGGCUUCUGGAACCACAAACUCAUUUUUGGGUAAACAGAUUGGUGGAAUAAACUUUGGUGAUGUCGCCAAGGACGAAAAGCAGCCGGUCGAAGCAGAUUUGUUUAAAAAAUCGGACACUGGUGCAACGUUUGCCUCCCUGGCUACCGGCGGAAGUACCAAUACAUUUUUGACUAAGCAAUUUGCUCCCAAUAGUGGCUUUAUUGGAUUGACGGUGAAGGAAGACGUAUUCACACGCAUGGCCAACAAGAACAAACAAGGUGGCGAUGAUAGCAAAAACAAUGAGGAAGGCGCCGCGGGUAACGAUGAAAACUAUGAUCCUCAUUAUGAACCCAUAAUCCAGCUUCCGGAUGAAAUCGAGGUGCGAACGGGUGAGGAAGAGGAAAACAAACUAUUCGGAGAACGAUCCAAAUUGUACCGCUACGAUUCCGACACCAAAGAGUGGAAGGAGCGAGGUGUUGGUGAGCUGAAGCUUCUUUAUCAUCCAAAUCGCAAUAGCUAUCGGUUGUUGAUGCGGCGAGAGCAAAUUUUCAAACUAGUGUUGAACCACGCCGUGACCACUGAUCUACAAAUAGCUCCUCUAAAUAAUUCACCGAAAUCUUUCUUUUGGGCCGCAAUGAACCACGCCGAGGGAGGACCCCAACUGGAGAAGCUGGCCGUGCGCUUCAAGGACGAAGACAUCGCAGGAAAGUUCCGAAACCUGCUGGAACAGUGUCAGGAGAAACUGCGACAAAAGUCCGACUUGGAACCGGACCAGGAUUAAUAAUCAAAGAAUAGCGACCGCUACCCUUUCCCAGUUACCCUGAUGCUGGACGUAAGUAAAACAACAGGAAACAUAUAGUUUUUCAUUUAUUUUACAUGUGUAAUCUUACUGGUAUUUAUCAUGAUCGGUUAGUUAGAGAGGAAAAUUUCGUCAACUUUUAUGUUAAUUAUCUUAUUUAAGCACUAUUUCCUUUUGGCAAAAGUUUUUAUCGAUGUUUUCAUUUAUCCAGGGAUACUUUGGAUGAUAACUGUGCAUGUUUUUUGCCAAAUAAAAGGACUUAACCCCUAGCCUUCCUCUUUUUACGAACGUUUCUGAAAUAUGAUCAUAAAAUCCCUAUUUUUUCAUAGCUGAUAUGUUAUAGAUAUCAUCGUAAAUUCAAUCGGCACAUUCUUAAAAGUAAUUUGAGGUGACCCUCAUGCCUGUACGCUAUCGAAGACUAAUACUCGCGCGCGCUUAAUUUUAUAAAACCACCAAAUAAAAGACUGACGUUUAGUAAAAACUAAUAAAAAAAAUAUCGUUAUAGGAAAGACAACUACCUAAAUUGAAUUCGUUAAAAUAAAAAAAAAGGAAGGCAUGAGCGGCGAUUCAUCUCAGGUUAAUUUUAUUGAAACAUUUCUAAUUAUGAGCACUCUGUCAAUAAAUUUAGGUUGUAAUACUUUUUGAUAAAUCAAAACUUUGUUAGACGUUCUUUAACUGUAUAUGAUAGGAAAAACUUAUAUUUCUAAACGUGUCUUAGGAUUGACAGAGUUUAAAGUUUUCGCAUUGCCAAGCAAGGUACCUUUUUUUAAGAACAUCUGUUAGCAAAUUCCAUCUGACGCUAGAGCUCAGCUACAGUGCAUUGGUUUGUUGAUUUUUACGUUGUUUUUCUCCUUUAUCUCGUAACAGUUGUUUCAAAAUACGAAAUUUGUAACUUCCUAUCAAUAGCAAAAUAGAAGUGGCACAUAAAAUGUAAACGGGUUGAUAAGGUGA